CUUAAAAUGCAUAAAAAUGUGAAAAUUUUACGGUUUAAUGCUUAAUUUGAAACUGACACUAGAUCUAAAUUGUAUUUGUGUGAAACUUGUAUGAUUCGAAACCUGGGAUUCCAUUAAAAUAGCACGAAAUGGUGACGUCAUUUUUGAUAAUGGAUGAUCUUUUUAGAUCGAUUUUAAAGGAAUUUAUUUUUUACAGAUACGACUUCGUAUUCGGGUAAAAUUAAACAUCAUUAAUUUAUUUAAUCUUUAAUGUCAAUGAGAGAAGAUUCAAAAUAUCUAUAAACAUGUCACGUGAAAAAUUGUAUUUGCAGCAGAUUUGCAACAUUUCUACUAAUUGAACGCUUUAAGCUAAACAUAAGUGGAGAGAUGAAGUUGUUAAAGGUGCUAUUUCUUUCUAAAUUUGGAGUUAGUUAACGACAUCAUCAAACUAGUAAAUUAAACGAAAUAACUGAAAUCGAAAGAAGGAGUAUUAAAUCUCCCGACCGUCCGUGUCAAAAAUAAGAACAUUGGAAUUCACAAAAAGAUAGACACUACGUAGAAUACAGCAAGGACCAAAACUAUUACAUGCAAUGUAUUCCAAACGUCAUUUUUACCAUGGGAUCUAUGGUGCCUUCAAAAUCAAAGUGUAAUUCUAAACACAUAACGUUAGUUUCGCAAUCAAAACAGCUUGUUAUUACCUAUAUUGUUUCCUUUUGUCACCGCUAUUUAAAAGCAGCGCAACAUUUCGUUCCAACAAACAUAUUUGAGGCUAAUGCUUGCCAUCAAUAUACAAGUAGAACAGAUGCUACACAUCCGAUGUUAAACAGCAGGACAAUAGACAGGGGUGCUCAUAUUCGCCGACGUCAAUACUUUGUAGUUUAAAAACAAAACAAAAGCUGAUGUGAUACACUGAAUGUAUUGUUUAUCAAAGUAUAAUUAUGUGGUGUUUGUUGUUCAAUAUUUCAAACAGAUUUUAAACGUUUUAAAUAAUGUGAUUUCUUCAAUUAUUUUAAAUAGUGUAUAUUUAGUCGUUUAAAAUGGAGAAGAAAUUUGCAAAUUAUGCAACAGGUAAACCCAUGAAGAAAAGAGAUGAGAAUUCGGAGAAAAAUUUAACUCAGUUUUCGGAUAGCGAUGGUAAUCAUAUGUAUAUGCAACAACACACUGCAACGGAUGUCGAAGCAGAAAUUGGUCGACAACAGUCAGCCGUAUGUGCGUCUGCAAAACCGAAACGACAGACUAAAUCACUGAUACCAUCUUCUGUAUUGGGGACAAAUGAUACAUACCUAAGACAAAGUCCAUCACCUUUAAACACGUCCAACUAUCGAAACAUAAAAAAUGCCUCAAACACAUCUGGUUCAGGAGAGCACACGCAUGACCGCCAAGGACGUAAACAGGAAAAAGGCAAUCCACCCUACUAUUUGAAUUACAAAACAUACGAGGCAAGACUGUCUUCAUUCAAACACUGGCCGAAACAGAUCCGACAGACCAAAGAAGAAAUGGCUGAAGCUGGUCUUUUUUAUACGGGUCUUCACGACUUAGUCCGAUGCUUCCAUUGCGGCGGGAAAAUGUGUAAGUGGGACGCCAAUGACGACGUAUGGGGCGAGCAUGCUCGAUUUUAUCCCCUGUGCAUGCAUGUAAAGACGCAAAAAGGAGAUAACUUUAUUGCAUGGAUACAAUCGACUGCCAAUGCGGAGUAUGCAACACACGAGAAGGAUCAAAAUCGUGUAGGACAUUUAGAAGAAACUAGGGAAGAACUCCUCAAGAUGGGUUUCAGUGAUGCUAAUUUCAAUUAUGCACGUCGUCAUCUUAACAGCUUGGGUAUUGACAAUCCGGACCUGAGGGAAGUGAUUCGUGUUUUAUGUGAUUAAAGAAACAAAACAAUGUGAAUUUAGGAGGGUAAAGUGGGGCCAAUAUCUAGCUAAAUUUAAGAUAUUGGUCAGUAACAAAGGAGGUAAAAGUCCUAAAAUCAGUUACACGAACAUUCAGUGCAAUGCGACAUAUAUAUUAUAAAACUUAUUCACCACAUGUCUUUCUUUGUAAACAAAAAAAAAUGAAGAAAUUCAGAACAGCUUGUUAGUGAAAGGCUGUCUCCGAUAUUUAUGACCUUAUUCAAAGGACAUUCACGUCAUUAACGCUAAAACACUCGUGGUUGGGGGGGGGGGAGAUAAUUUCGUGUUUUAAUGUAUUUGACUUUUUAAGAUUUUUAAGUAUAGUUCAUGAUCAUACAUGUGUAAGGAUGCAAAACCUUUGCAACAAUCAUGCCUUUGACCGAAUUUUAUUUCAACUGUUCUGCUCUUAGGAUUGUGUGCUUUGGUGUACGAAAUAAACAAGAAUAAAAGGAUAAGGCGUAUAGUUGUCAUGAGGCAAUCAGGCAGAGUAAAAAACAAUAACGCCAUUGGCUUGAAACGUUUUCUUUGUGAAAAGAUAUUGACGCUUACUGGCGUCAUUUUUACGUGACACGACCAGCACGCUGUUAUACCUUACGCCAUAGAGUUUAUGUAGAUUUGUUAUAAUUAUUUUAAUGCGUGAAGGUGAAAUAUUGUUGCCCAUUUUUUAAUAAAUAGAAGGUAUUGAUUGUCUUGUAGAUCUAAUUCAAUACUGAAAUUAUUGAACCUGGUUCAAUAAAUCUAGUAAUGAAGCUACACGAAUAGAUCUAUACUAUUCUAUUCAUCUCAUACCCAGUACAGUCCGAAGAACCACAUUUUUAAAUUUACGGAGUCGCAAAAGCGGCAAGGAUAUGUGAUAAAGCACAAGCACGAGUAUCGGACCUGGGAAGAAAAAAUAUGACCAUCAGAUUGGAAAAAAAAACCUUCGUUCAUCUUAAAUGUGUCAAGAAACAAAAAAAAAUGUAAAAUAUGACCCCCUUUAAAAAUAUACUAUAAGUUAAGAGUAACUUAACUUAUGACUCUUAACUAUAACUCUUAACUAAUAGUAUAUUUUAAAGGGGUUUUCAAUAACUUUUUACAUGUGUCUUCCGCGUAACGACAUGCGCUCUCAUUCAUGACGUCUUCAAAUAAUGACGUCACCUUGUUCUUGUUGAACAUUCUGUACAGUUUCACGAAUGUUGAACAAAAAACAUUACGUACACUAACUAGGUGUGCAUUUUAUCGAAGGGAAAAAAUCAUUUUGUUUCAUUCAAAUUUAUGUUACACAUUUUACCAUAUGAUAAUGGAAAAUAUUCAUGAAUGUGCUAUUCUAUUUUCGUUGAUAUCAUAAAUAGAAAAUAUUGUAUGAGUAGGUUUAAUACUGAAUUUAUUGAACAAGUUCAAUAAAUUUGGUAUUGAAUCUUCACGAAUAUGAUAUUAUAUUUAUCACAAAUUCAAAAUAAAACAAAGAUAAAAAAAGUCAUUUUUCGUUGACGCGCCUAUUGUGUCACGCCAACAGUAGCGCGCUUUAUAACGUUGUUUGUAUAUAACAUAAAUGACGUCAAGUCAAAGUGUUAUUACACUAUGAAAAAAUGUAAUAUCGUUUAAUUACAUGAUUUUAUCACACACCUGUGCCGCUUAAAUUGCGAAUCCGUAAAAUGUUAUUGCACGACCGAGCAUAUAUGUGGCGUGACGUCAUUUGUGUUAUACAAACAUAGCGUUAAGAGACGAUA